AUGCCCCCAUUGUUGGAGCCCCCCGAGGGCCCUUUCACCACGGCCGACAUAGUGGCCGCCGAGGCCACAGUUCGCAGUACCCACUAUGAAUGGCCCGUGACGCAGGCAACCAUUCCUACGGAGCGCGUGUAUGACGCCGUGCGCGGCGAGAGACCGAGCACAGCGGUGCUCCUAUCCCGGGUCGUUUGGAUCGCCCCCAAACUGCGAGAGGGCCUGGCCUGGCACAUGCACCUGAAGCCAUUUCGGAAGCUGCGGCACCAGGCCUACGUCGGCAGGGAGCGGGCCAUCACCCGGCUGGCGGAGCAGUUCCGCGCGCCCCCCGGCAUGACUACUGUCGUGGGCGUGGGCAACUGCUGGAGGGACGACCUCUGGCUUCAGGCGUACGGCAUCAGCCCGCUGAACAUCCUCGACUACUUCUCCCUGAGCCCUUUCUACGACAAGAACUGCAGCAAUGAGGGUGCCAAGCAGCAAGGCCUGGAGCUCACACAGCUCGCCAUCCUCGCGCCCGGCAUCGAGUACGUGCUGCGGGACGCCCAGCCGCCCCACCUCUUUGUCAUCUGCCGCCAGCACCGCGCCGCGCCGUCGGCCCCUGCCGCCCCACAGGCGGUCUACUACGUGCUGGAUGGCACCGUGUACCAGGCCCCCGCUCUGCACGCUGCGCUCACCAACCGCAUGGCCAGGUGUCGGUUCAGCAUGCAGGCGGCCUUUACAGCGAUGCAGGAGGAUCUGCACCCAUGCAUAGCAGCGCUGGAGCUCAGCAGGGCAGGGGCCUCCGACCCGGUCGAGCCGAGACACGACGCCACGUCCCCAACUGAUCUUGCACAGGACACCCCGGCGCCCCGCGCCAUCGACCCCGAGCGCGCGUCCAAGCUGGAAGCCAGCCUGCGCACUGUGCUAGCGCGGUACCCGCUCCCGGUCCUGGCCGCGCCUGCGCCGGAACAGGCCAAUCCUCCGGCCGAGCCCGCGGCCGAGGCGCCCGUCGCUGAUCUGGUGCGAGGGGCGCCGGCCGCGACGGCCCCCGCGUCGAGCCACGCGGCGAGCCACCAGCCGCCGGUGGAGUGA